GAGGAGGAAUGAAGCGAGGGAGGGAAGAGAGACUGAGAGAGGCAUAGGGUGAGGGAGGGAGGCGAGCAGGACUCUCUCUCUCUCUUUUUUCCACACACACACACACACACACACACACACACACACACACUCAUACACAUUCGCACCAGCUGUGCUGUUGUCAGUCUUGGAAUGUAAGCACUGCCGUGAGGAGUCAGAUUCUCCACCGCUAAGCACUGCUAAGGAGUAGGAACACAGUACCGAGCACUCAGUGACACAGAUGGAUGCUAAGCUGUGAAAAAUCAAAAAGGGAUCCAAAGGACAUCAAAGAAACGGAAUACAAUGUCUGUUGUGGUGACGCUACCUUCCAGUGUUCAUCUACUCACCAGUUUAUCGCCAUAAUUGAGAAGUUGCCCAGGACACUUUCCCCAGCUGAUCGGAUACCAUGAUAGCCAAUCAGAUUCUGCUCCUGCUCCUGAUGCUGUCCGUCCUGCCGUCCAGCGCUGCCCUCCCCCUGUCGCCUGGGAAUAUUGGGAAUCUGUUUGGGACGUCGGAGAGCGAUGGCAAGAUUCUCCAGCGCUCCAAACGUGGAUGGAUGUGGAAUCAAUUCUUUCUGCUGGAGGAAUACACAGGAAAUGACCAUCAAUAUGUCGGCAAGCUACACUCCAACAUGGACAAAAACGACGGCAACGUGAAGUACGUGUUGACCGGAGACGGGGCGGGCACCCUGUUCCUGAUCGAUGAGAAAUCCGGGGAUAUUCACGCCACCAAGAGGCUGGACAGAGAAGAGAAAGCCAUGUACACGCUGCAUGCCAAGGUCCUGGACAGGAACACCAACGCCGAGCUGGAGCCCGACACCGAAUUUAACAUCAAAAUUCACGACAUCAAUGACAACGCGCCGAAAUUUGCAAAGGAAAUCUACUUUGCCAGCGUGCCUGAGAUGUCAGAAGUUGGUACAUCUGUUGUCACAGUAACUGCCACUGAUGCCGAUGAUCAAACAUAUGGGAACAGCGCCAAGCUCGUAUACAGCAUCCUGCAGGGACAACCCUAUUUCUCUGUGGACUCGGAAAACGGCACCAUUAAGACAGCCCUACCUGGCAUGGACAGAGAACUGAAAGAAAACUACCAGGUGGUGAUCCAGGCCAAAGACAUGGCCGGACAGAUGGGGGGGCUUUCAGGGACCACGACUGUCAGCAUCACCCUCUCGGACGUCAACGACAGUCCGCCACGCUUUGCUAACCAUUCCUUCCGAGUGACUGCCGUGGAGUCUACGGAUAUCGGAGGCGCCAUCGGACGCAUUAAGGCCGAUGAUCCGGAUGUUGGGCAUAACGCUGAGAUGGAGUACAGCAUUGUCGGCGGUCAUGACAUAUUCAACAUCAUCACUGACCAAACCACACAAGAAGGAGUCAUCAUAAUCAAAAAGGCUCUGGAUUACGAAAGUAAGAGGGACUACGAGUUCAGAGUGGAGGUGAAGAACACAUACUUGGAUGCCAGGUUCAUCCACGGUCUGCAAUUCAAAGACUACGCCACGGUCAAAGUGACGGUGGAGGACGUGGACGAGCCGCCCGUUUUCACCAGGAACCCUUACAUCAUCGAGGUGCACGAGGACACCGCCGCCGGCAGCUUCGUCGGCGUGGUGUCAGCCAGGGACCCCGACGCCGACAACAAGCCAGUCAAAUACUCCAUCGAUCGGCACACAGAUCUGGAGCGGCUGUUCAACAUUGACUCCGUGAACGGCACAAUCACGACGCUCAAAGCACUGGACAGAGAAAUGUCCAAGUGGCACAACAUCUCAGUUGUAGCCACUGAAAUAAACAAUCCACGUCAGACCACUCGAGUGCCUGUGUUCAUCAAGGUGUUGGACGUCAACGACAACGCACCCGAGUUCGCGAUGUCCUACGACACGUUCGUCUGCGAGAACGUCAAAGCAGGACAGCUGAUUCAGACAAUAAGUGCCGUCGAUACAGACGAACCCCUCGUUGGACACAAGUUUGUCUUCAGUAUAAGUGCCACCAACCCAAAUUUCACCAUCGUCGACAGGGAAGAUAACACUGCCAACAUCCUGACUCGGAGGGGAGGCUUCAGCCGGCGUGAGAUGAGCAUGUACUUCCUGCCCGUGGUGAUCUCCGACAACGACUACCCCAUCCAGAGCAGCACCAGCACGCUGAUCGUGCGGGUGUGCGCCUGCGACAGCCGCGGCAACAUGCAGUCGUGCAACCCCGAGGUCCUGCCCUUCUCAGAUGGCCUCACAACUGGAGCUCUGGUGGCCAUCCUGCUCUGUGUCAUCAUCCUCCUCAUGAUCGUGGUGCUGUUUGCUGCCCUGAGGAGGCAGAGGAAGAAGGAGCCUCUGAUCAUCUCCAAAGAGGAUGUCAGAGACAACGUUGUCAGUUACAACGAUGAAGGGGGCGGAGAGGAGGACACGCAGGCCUUUGAUAUUGGAACGCUGCGCAACCCAGAGGUGAUGGAUGCUAACAAGCUGCGCAGGGACAUCAUACCCGAAAUGCUGUUUCCCUUUCGGAGGACAUCACCGAUAAAGGAUAACACGGACGUCAGAGACUUCAUUAACGGGAGGCUGCAGGAGAACGAUUCGGAUCCCACGGCGCCCCCCUACGACUCCCUGGCCACGUAUGCGUACGAGGGCAGCGGGUCGCUGGCGGAGUCCCUCAGUUCGCUGGAGUCUGCCGCCACUGAGGGGGACCAGGAUUAUGAUUAUCUCAGCAACUGGGGACCACAGUUCAAAAAGCUGGCAGAAAUGUACAUAGGGAAGAGCCCUGACCGAGAAACCUAGAAGAAGCCAUGGCAGUCUUAUUUCUUUUCUGUCUGUUGAUCUAGCUAGCCAACCAGACAGCCUGUUUGUCUAGUUAGUUAGUUGGCCAGCUAGUUGACCGUCUGUCUACCUAUCUAUCAAGCUAUCUUAUCUGUUUAUCUGUCUAGUUCGCUAGCUAGCUCGCUAGUUGACUAGUUGUCUAUUUGAUUCUCACACAUGCACAAAAACCCACAUGUGGACGGCGAAGCGGAAAAACCCAAGACUUGAACCGAGUUUUCUCGUUAAUGGAGAUACAGUACAAAUCUCAAAAAGUUUUACUGUUUUUUGGUCAUAAUCAGUAAAGAUGCCUUUGAAUUUUAGGAUUUUUUUGUGAACAAUGGUGUGGACAAUGUGUUUUGUAAUUGAUGAGAGAUAGUAGUAUUGUAAUACUAUCGAUGUUUAAUGGUUACCGGAUCCGGGUUUAGGGCGGGGAUCGGGAAGGAGUCAAGCGGCUUUUCCAGCCAACUCCAUUAAAUACUGUAAAUGUACAAAGUGUUUUUAAUGAUGGACAUCCUAUAUACUAUUUGCUAUCUUUGUUUGACAAGCAAUGUUCAUGUGAAUGGUUGGUGCAGUUGAUUUGUCGAACUGUGAAUUCAUCUCAUCAUAUAGGUGUAACAUGUAAUGGAAAGUGUAUGUUGUAGGAAACUGUCAUACACUGGAAUCAUGCUGUCUGAAUGCUGAGUCAUAUUGUUUUAUAUUUAUAUUUUUAUACUUAUUUUCUUAAUAAAAUGAUGUAAAAAAAAAAAAAAAAAAAAAGAGACACAGCUACAUUUCCAGUCCAUUGCUGGCUGUUGCGGGUUAUAGUUCAACUAGUUUUGCCUGCUGGGAGCCGUUCCACCCACUAUAAAGGCCAAUGUGCUUCAUUAAAACUUUCACUUAAAUCUCUGUAAGCUUUGUGAUAAUAUUCCAAAUCGACACAGAAAUAUAUCUAAAAAUGUAGCUGCCUUGUUAACAUGUUGAUCCUGAUAUCGACAAACUGCCAGAAUUCUGCAAAAAUGUUACAGAUCCUGACUUGGUUUCUGACAAAUACUUCAGAUAGAAUACUGUAUUUUAAAUCGUGUAUGUAUAUUUCUGGGUAAGUUACUUUAUAAAUGAAUAAUGUGAUUAAUCUAAUCUUUAUUUCUAGCAAAAUUCAAGGUCAGUGCAUCUCACUUUAACUGAUUUUUAAUGACAUUUUGAAGGAAACAAGGGUUUUUGAUCUGCUAAUUUGUUGCUUGCCACACCUAUUUGAACAUUAUACAUAUUAACUGGAA